AUGACAGCAAGUGCUGAACAGUCAUCGUCGUCACUGAAUUAUAAUACUAGUACUAAUAAUAAUCAUUAUAACAGUAAUAAUAAUGCUAAUAAUAAUAAUGUGAAACGAAAGCAAAUAAAUGAAAAAGCAUUCGACAAUGACAACUCAUUGAUAAUGAAGAUGUCGGUUGAGCAGUGGUCUUAUAAUGAUGUUGCUAAGUGGUUAACAUCGAUUGGCUUUGAGCAUUACGCUAAUUGGAUCGCAUUUGAGCAUAAGAUCGAUGGUGCAACAUUACUAACACUAACAGAACGUGAUCUACGUGAGAAACCAGUUGAAAUGCAAUGCCUUGGUGAUAUUAAACAUUUAUCAAACGCUAUUUCUUCACUUCGAAAUGAAUCUUUUAUCCACUGCUCUAAUUCAAAGUCAAAUUUAUCGACAUGCUCAUCGUCGUGUCAUCUAAACAGUCAUGUUCAUUUACCAUAUGCAAACGAUAUCAACGAAAAUAGUAAUGCUUCAACGCUUUGUGCUGAUCAUCAAGAUGGUUUUGUACCGAUUAUGAAUGUCAAUCAUGGAAUGUACACAGAACCAACUGAAACUUCGGGUAUGAACCUCUCAUCGAGAGAGAACGCUAGUGGUGAAACAAGACUGAUCCAGGUGUUGACCAGGGAGCAUUUGAUACGUCAGACAUAUCCACCUUUGCCGGAUAUAGUGCUCGACAAUUUACCGUUGAUACCGUGGGCAUUCGAAGUUUGUGAAUUAAUUGGAGUUGUAUUGUCGAGUAUUUGGUUUAUUAUUCUGUUCUUCCAUAAACACAGGUAA